AGAGCCACUAAAGCUAGUAGACCCCAUCAACAACAUAUUUAUAGUAAAAACGAGUUUUAGCACCAGAUUUACUUUACUUGCCGUACUGUACAAGUUGAGGGCGAGUCUCGAGACCGACGUGCUGAAGCAUUCAGCAGUUCAUUUUCGUUCAGUUCAACAUUUAUUUAUAACCGAGGAACCCCUGCAGCGGGACAACACGACAGAGCUGCUGGAGAUAUUUAGUAUUAUUUGUCAAACCCAUCAUCAUCUACCGUCAAUAUGUUGCACCGGUCUGCGUUGCAUCUUGCUAAAAAGUUCGACGUCGUCGUCGUAGGCGGUGGACCAGUAUGCAGACGGAAUUGAUGUCGAUAAAAAUUUCCACGUUCUGUACGUUGUAGUCAAAAUUAUGCAUGACAGAUACAGGUCGUCUCCUGCUUUCUGUGCAGGUGGAUCAUGUGGAGCUGUAAAAAAAAAAUUGUAUAUCAAGAAAGACGACUCCGUAAACCACGGAGCAUGUAGCUCCUUGUCCACGAAUAGGUGGAAAAAAUUAUAGGUGGAAAAAGUUAUCGAUUUGUUCAAGUUCCAUACCCUGGCGGUUACGUGUGCGCAAUCAAAGCAGCGCAACUCGGCCUCUCAACGGCAUGUGUGGAAAAACGAGGAGCGUUGGGCGGUAUAGAACUUAUUCUCUAUGUUGAAAAAUUUGUGUUGCACUGAAUACGAAUACACGUUGUCUUUGUCAUGCAUCGAAAGAGCAAAGCUAGUUCUAGUUGAUGUACUUCCGAAAUUGCUCAACAGGAACCUGCCUCAACGUGGGUUGCAUUCCGUCGAAGGCGCUGCUGCACGCAUCACACCAGUACCAUGAGGCACUGCACAACUUUAUCCAACAAAAAAGUGUUAACGUUAACGGUUUUCAUAGGUUGCAGAUAUGCAUGACAAAUUUUGCCUAGUAUGCAUGCUAUGCAUGACAAACUUGGGCACGUUUUGCGAUGCAUUACUGCAUCACAAAUUCUAAUAUUCUGCUAACGUUAACACUUUUUCCUGUGAUAAACUUCAAGAAGCAGGGAAUCAAGGUCAACGGCAGCAUUGAAGUUGAUGUGCCAGCUAUCAAAUGCAAAAAUGUCUGGGUCUGGAAAUUCUAAACUUGUCAUGCAGGUUUUCCAUGACCAAUGAGGUCUGGAAUGCGGGACUUAGCAUGACAGGUUCUGUGAGGUUUCUGCCAUGCCUAUCCUGCAUGAGAAACUCCCUCCAAACUUGGUCCAAAGUGGACUCCUUUUCUUGGCACUCAUGCAGCACAGGUUUCUGCAUGAUUCAGAUUUAGCAUGACAAGCUGCAUUUUAGCAUGACAAGUUGCAAUCUUCCAGACCCAGACAUUUUUACAAUCCAUACCUGCUAUGAUGAAGCAGAAGAAAAAAUCCGUGACCGGCCUCACCCGCGGUGUCGCCGGGCUGUUAUCAAAUGUAAAUAUGUCUGGGUCUUGACGAAUGCAACUUGUGAUGCUGCAUUUGGAUUCCAUAAAAAAUCUGUAUUGCAUGAGCAGCAAAAGCAAUGUAAAUUUUUCCUUCGCGUAGAGGGCAUCGCAUUUCUCAUGCGGAAUAGGCAUCAAGAAGGCCUCAGAAAAUCUGUGAUGCUAGAGCAUACAUCACAGACAUCGUUGGUUAUGCAAAGUGUGCAUGACAAACUUCCAGACAUUUUGCAGUGGAUAACUGUUCAAGGCGAACAAGGUCGAGAACAUCGCCGGUGCCGGUUUUUUCAAGGGACCAAAUACAAUCGAAGUCACGGACGCCAAAGGCAACAAGGAAGAGAUCGAGGCCGCCAACAUCGUAUCAACUGCAAAAGUCUCUGGGUCUAGAAGAGUGCACGUUUGUCAUGCUUGGCUGGCAUGACUCGAGAAUCUGUGUUGCAUAGGCACGAAAAGGCCCUCUUACCUGUCAUGCAAAAACGCAGUUUAUCAUGCGGAAUACGUAAGACAUGGCAGCCAAAAAAUUUGUCAUGCAUAGCUGCGUACUGCAGUGCGUCUAUCAUUCACUUUUAGCAUUACAAGUUUCCAGACCCAGACAUACUUGCACUUGAUACAUCGUGGUAGCUGUCGGCUCCGAAGUCGCGGGGCUUCCCGGAUUCCCGAAGGAACUGAUCGACGAAGUCGACAUCGUCUCCUCAACCGGCGCCCUGGAGUUUACCGAAGUCCCGGAAACCAUGACCGUGGUUGGCGGCGGUGUGAUCGGCCUGGAGCUUGGGUCUGUCUGGUCCAGAUUGGGGGCAAAGGUGCAUUUUUUAUCAAAAGUUAAAUGCGCUUUCCAUCUUGGUGUGCAUUACAAACCUAGCGGCGCAUGGUGUUUAGCAUGACAAACGUCGCUUCUUCAUAAAACGAACCCCAAAAAUAAAAAACUCCAGGUUCACGUCGUUGAAUUUCUGAACAAAAUUAUGGGCCCCGCGGACACGGGAAUCUCCACCGAGUUUCAGAAAAUCCUGGGCAAGCAGGGCUUGACCUUUGAUUUGAACUCGAAAGUGAUUGACGUGCAGAAGUUAUCAACCGCAAAUAUGUCUGGGUCUGGAAAUUUGCAAUGCUGCGUUGGGAAUAGUGAAUGCUCUGUAAUGCACAGCAAAGCGUGAGAAAUAUCUGCGCUUUUUUGUGUUGCGUUCUUCGCAUGACAAACUGCGUUUUGGCAUGACAGGCAAAGGGGUCAUCUCUUCUUGGACACGCAUCAUAAACUUCUUUUCUAUGUCCGACAAGCAUGACAAAUCUCGCAAUCUUCCCGACCCGGACACUUUUGCAUUUGAUAGAAGGUGCAGGGAGGGGUGAAACUGGUGUGGGAAAACAACGAGACGAAAGAUAUGAGCUGCAAAAGUAUCGCACUCGCAUAAAUGCAUUACAAAUUUCCUCAGCAUGAGAAAUGAAAUUUGUAAUGCGAAUCUACCUUAAAGAAAAGGCUUGUAACGCAUGACUGCAAUACGAGUGCGAUACUUUUGCACAGGAUAAAGGAAAAAACGGAACAAGUGUCGAAGAAGGUACAAAACUUUUGGUGAUAGUGCAUGAAGAAGAUUUAUUUUUUGUCAUGCACCCAGUAUCAGUUUGACAUCACCGGUACGGAGUCUAGUGUGUGCAGUGAGUGUUUAUUUCAUCAUCUUCCAAAGAUGAAAGUUGUAGUGCGUGAUUCCUCAAACAAGUGGCUUCUGGCAUGCAGCACAAUCGACGACAGUACGUGAGAAAGCAUAAGAAAUUAUCCCAACAUCAACACCAAAGGUUCUCAUCUCCACCGGUCGCAUUGCGAAUACCGCGAACACGGGCAUUGAAAACCUCGGCAUUGCAUUAGACCGCAUGGGGAGGAUCCCGGUCGACGGCAAUUUGAUGACGACGGCAAACGACAACGUGUAUGCGUAUCCAAGAAGGUUACUUUGUUUUAUUUCGUCGGACCAAAGUAGAAUCAGCGCACCAAGCUUGCUGCGAUAAUUUUGCAAACCUGCAAACGAAACUCUUUUGUAAAAGGUACUCAGAUGAUCAUGCUGGUUCUCCUUGUGUUGCAUGAUGUUGCUUUGAUGGUACUACGUCGUGUCUGGCAAUGUAGAAAACAAAUUUCUAUUGCAUAAGCCUAUCGGUGACUGCAUUUCGGGUCCGAUGCUUGCCCACAAGGCCGAAGAAGAUGGGGUCUACAUCGCCGAACAGAUCGCGGACAAGGUGCCUAUCUUUCAACAAGAUUCUGUUUUUGUCAUGCAGAAACUCGAUGAAAAACCGAUUUUGUGAUGCAUAGAUCACCACCGCACGUCGACACACAAACCUAAAUUAAGUACCAAAAUCAGGUCAAGAACGGCGUCGCCAAGAAAGCCGACCCGGUUUCCUAUCACGCCGUCCCAUCGGUCGUCUACACCUACCCCGAGGUCGCUUGGGUCGGAAAAUCCGAAGACGAACUGAAAAAGGUAUGGGAGUGCACAACUCCCCGUCCCCUUCAUUUGUCAUGCAAAAUACCAAACCAACACUAAGCCUCUUUGCACUGUUUGCAUGACAAGUUCUGGCAUCUUCCCAAGUAGCACUACACUCCUGUGCGAAUUUGUCAUGCAAAGCCUGCAUUUUUGCUGGCGCUUGUAUUGCUGUUUAUGCCAUACAAAUGAGGGGGAGGGGGAGUUUUGCCUUGUCAUAAAAGGAGGGCAUUGAAUACAACACGGCUUCCUUUCCGCUUAUGGCCAACAGCCGGGCACGAGCGAACGAUGAGACUGCGGGGUACUACAGAGGAGCUUUGUUGAUGUUGCUUCUGGUUGUGAUGCAGUUUUUGCAUGACAAACGAUGAUAUGUUAUAAAUGCAUUUCAUGCAUGACAAACUGGAUCUUCUGAUAUUACCCACAUGACUCAAAAAACACUCCAGCCUCGUGAAGCUGCUGACCUCGACCGAUGACAAGAUCCUCGGGUGCCACAUUAUCGCCCCGUACGCAGGAGAUAUCCUGAUGCCGGCCGUUAUGCAGUGCAAAAGCAUCGUAGUACUCGUAUAAAUGCAUUACAAAUUUAUUUCUCAGCAACAUGAGAAAUAAGAUUUGUAAUGUUGAUUUACCUAUAAGAAAAAGAUUUGUAUUAUGCAUUAUUGCAAUACGAGUGCGAUCAUGCUUUUGCAGUGCAUAGCCGUGAACUCCAUGCAAUUUAACCGUGACUGCAAGUAUGCAUUGCAAAUAUGUCUGGGUCUGGGAGGACGCGAACUUUUCAUGCUGAGUCUGGAUCGUACAAAAAUUUGUGUUGCAUGACUACCAAAACCUGCCCACUUUUGAACAAGUUUCGAGGCAGUUUGUCAUGCAAAAUAGGCAUAAUAGAGACGUCGCAGAACCUCUCAUGCUAGGUCCUGCAUUCCAAACAGCAUGGGGCAUGGAAAACAUGCAUGAGAAGUUUGCAUUCUUCCAGAUGCAGACAUAUUUGCAUUUGAUAGCAAGGACCUCGCGCACACCUGCUUUGCACACCCGACCGUGUAUCCCCCAGAAAAAGACCGACAGGUCAUAUUUGUAAUGCAAAAAUAAAUAGACAAAAAAAUCUGUAUUGCAUGCCCUAAACAGGAUGUUAUGGCCUCGCCCAUGACAGAUUUUCCUGUGUAUUUAUUUUUGCAUUACAAAUAUGACCUGUCGGUCUUUUUCUGUGGGAUACCGUCUCCGAGGCGCUCAAGGAAGCAGCAAUGAAGGCCUCGCUGGGGAACUACAUCCACAACGUGUAAGGAAGGGGAUUGAUGCGGGAAGUUUUGGUGCAAUUUUUAUCCGUGGGAGAAGCAGCUCACCAUGCACAGAUGAAGGAGGGAGGGGCCGCUAGUCCCAGAGGACUUCUCUCGGAUACCAAUUCGUAUCUUCUCACGUGACACUGGAUCUGAGUCGUAAAUUUGGUAAGUAUAGCAACAACUAUUUUCCAUCUUGUAAUCACACGAAGGACUGUUAUGACUUUCACCAGAAGAAGAUAUUCAACAAGUUUCAAGUAUAUCACACCUAUCAAAAUCUACUAAACUCAAGCAGGCGGAAGACAACUUUUUCACGCUGCUAGAAUCGGAAUCAGAAACAGAACACCCUCGAAUUUUUGUUGAAAAGCGUCUCAGACGGGCAGUCGAUCCGGAGGUCGUGGUACCCAGAAUCAUUCAGUAGGCUCGUCUCGUCCGAUGUCUCGUUAGUCAACGAGCACGAUGAGGGGCUGAAGCGUACUUUUAUCAAAAGACCAAGGAAGAUGUCUGGACGCUCGCGCGCCGCCCUCAGGCGUUCUGCACAUCAAUCAACAUUUUUUUUUUUUUCAUCCGUAGCAACGACUGAAACCCGUCGAACGACCACCUCCCCGCCCAUGAUUAAGUAUUCCUAUUAACUAGCUUCUUUCACAGCACUAGUUCCUACCUGAUGUAAGGCUAAGAUCAGGACCCAAGAAGUCUACAACCGACAGUAUUUCACGCUCACCCACCCAGCAAUACAGAAUCCCUGUGUCAAAUUGCACAAGAAAAAUGAGUGGUGUCACGACGCAUUACAACAUUUUGUAAAAUUCAUCGUGAUCGUUACCAAGACUAUUUCUACUCCUUCUACACAUGUAUCGUAAAGAAUGAAAGGCUAACUAUGCUCGUCAAGCCGUGACGGCGACGCUUAUGUACAGAGCAUGAGUAGAAUAAAACAACUUCGCGCCAGUGGUCCUCCUCCUGAUGACAUCAUUUUUGAGAACCAGGGUCGUCCCGGCUCACCUGGAAGGGUGGUGCACUGGCGUCGAAAGAACAACUUUCUGUGGAAUGGUGAACUGCCCCGGCGGCGAAGUAGACACAGCAUUUCGUUGUAGAGAAGAUCGAGAAUAAAUGGGAAUAACACUACACCGCAGAAGAAAAAAACCACAACUAU